UCUCCGGUCACUCUAUGGCUUAAUUCGAUAGUUGUUGACAGCAUUUUGUCUUACGCUCAGUUCUGUACAAAUAUCGCGGGAUUUAGGCUUGUUGUUUGAAUUUAAGUUAAGUUUAUAGUUCUUAAAAUGGGCGACGAAGAAAAAGAGGUGCAAUUGCCAGCAGGAUGGGAAAAACGUCUUAGUCGAUCGACUGGUCAGCAUUAUUACCUGAAUAUUUAUACAAAAGAAUCUCAAUGGGAUGUACCAGAAAAGCCUGCAGAAGCCGGGCCGCAAGAUGGGCCUGAAACUGUACAAUGCUCACAUUUACUUGUUAAACAUAAAAACUCAAGGAGACCAAGUUCUUGGAGGGAAGGCCAUAUCACAAGAACAAAAGAGGAAGCUUUGGAAUUGCUUGCAUCAUAUCGUGAGGAGAUUGAAACUGGAAAAUCAACAUUUGUGGAUUUGGCACAGAAAUAUUCAGAUUGCUCUUCAGCUAAAAGAGGUGGUGAUCUAGGUCCGUUCCAGAGAGGAACAAUGCAGAAGCCAUUUGAAGAAGCUGCUUUUGCUUUGAAAGUAGGAGAAAUGUCACAAACAGUUGACACAGAUUCUGGAGUUCACAUCAUUUUGCGCACUGCUUAAAAUUACAAAUUAUUACAAAUAUCAAAUAGAUGUUAAGAAGUUGUCUUAUUUACUAUUUUAUAGAUACUGGCUCUUGUUAUUUUAUGAAAUAGCAUGUUGAAUUUGUCUGUAUCUUCUGUAUCUUAUGUGUAAUUUUAUCUGCACAACCGUAGCUAUUAA